AUGAACUACGAAGAGCUGCAGUGCUUCGAGAAAUUUUCAGUGAAUAAUGUCAUAGAAAGCGGCAAAGACUUCUACUUUUUGCUUGCUAUCUCUUCAAGGAUCUAUAAGUGUUUAAUGUCUUCGCCUGGAUUGAUGCACUUGUACAGAGUUUCCGUUCGUUGUUCGAGUUCAAUAUUUCGCAACGAGAAUUCAAAGCAGACUCCACACCUAUAG